CUAGAAUUCUCUUUCUCGCUUUUCGCCAAAUAUCAAACACUAACUCACUUUAAGUUCCAAAAGUGCAUUCUGCCACAGAAAGCAGACUUUUAGAAGUUCGGUGCUUCGGAUCGCGCAUCCGCCAUCUUGUCGGCGUCCGCAAAUCGUGCGAUGUAAUUGUGUGACGUAAUCUCAAAGUCCGCAGGACGCGUUCGCGACGAUUCGUGCCAACGUUCGCGCGGAAGUUGGCGCCCUUCGUGACAAUCGUGACUCCGGUUCGCGAAUUCGUGUCGCGUGUAAUCGUAUCGCGAAUCGUCCGCGAUGUCGCGAAUUCCUGACGAUCGAACGACUCGCGUGUGGUGCGACGGACGUUGUCUUUGACGACGAUUUCAUCGAGGGAGAAGCAUCACCGGCCUCGAAAACGGCGCCGAUCCUCGUCAUCGUCGCCGUCGCCAUGGCCUACGUGCUCUGGCGAGUGUUUAUGAAGAAGUACUCCAAGGUGCGGCUGGGCAUCAGAAAUCUGCCGGUGAUACCGGCAGAUCGCCGGCCGCCGGAGAAAGAAGAGACAUGGACUCUGGCUGCUGAUCAGCAGGAUUCGUGCGUCUGUUUUGACGGUGCCGUCGAUUCUAAGGUGAAAGAUGCGCACAAUUCCGAGAAAACACAAUUGAAACCGCCUACGGAAGUAAUAUCAGUGGAUGCGAGCGAUAACGUGGACAACACCUUGCCACGCAGCCAGGAGACCAGGAAAAGUAAGACUAAGAAAGUGAAGAGCUACCUGAAGAAGUGCAAAGGCGCGCUGUCGAAAGGUGAUGAGAACGUCACAGACAAGAGACGCCAGGAGAACUGCACUUCGUGGUACUUGGACGACGUUCCAACUUGCGCGAGUCAGCAGGAGGAUCAUGACGAACCUCCGGAGAAGUACACGGAAUUCCCCGAAGAGAGACUCGAGGAGGCGGUGGAGCCUGCCGAAGAUCCCGUGCCUGAAACGCUCGAGGAGAAUUUCUUGAGGGACGAGAACCUUGAGGAGACUCCGCAUGAAGCUCUCACCAGACUAUUGGAAGAGGAUCGUAGAGCCGAUCUUAGCAGAAGCAAAACGUCUUUGUACGAGGACGUCAAAGACGCAAAUUCGGAACAGCCCGUCUCGGACGAGAAAACUCCAACGAAGGAAUCAGAGCUUUUUCGUGAUGAAGAAAAAAAAGACGCGGCGAUCUCACUCGAGACAUUAACGACGGAAGACACAAAUCUGAAUAAGUGCGAUUCGAGCGAUACAUUGAUAGCAGAAGUUCCGGAAGCAACCGAGACCGCGACAGAUCUCAACUCGGAAUUGACGAUUAUUGUGAAGGAAGAGGAGGACGCACCGAAAGAUCCUGCGGACGAGGAGAUACUAGUUCCUGCAUGCUGUGGGAAUCGUGGGGACUUCGCUUCUCUGGUCCGGAAUUUGCUCGGUCCAAUUUAUGGCGACAGUGUUAUGAAUUUACUGAUAAGACAAGCACGGGAUAUCCUAGUUUGCGCUUAUCACGGCAAUUUGGAGAACUUCGUCCGGACUUAUCUCUCACCUGCUGCAGUCCUUCUAGCGGAAGUCAAGAAUGUCGCCUCCGAAACGGGAAACGAGGCAGUGGUGCCUGAGGGCUGGCCUCUGACGUUAGGCGGCAGCGGCCUGAUCCUGCAGCUGGGUGAGCUCGAGGCGUCCGCACUGCGUCUCGGGGAAUGUUACCUUUGCGUACGCAGCGCGGCUGCUGCAACUGCAACUGCAACUGCAACUGCAACUACCUCGUCGGUCAGCGGCGCUACGACCGCCGGUGAAGCCGUCGAGCAAAAUACCGUUGAGAUAGCAGUAGUCUGGCGAACUACGUCGAUGAGGGCCCCGGGGAUCUUGGGUUGGGACCGUGAAGACGAGUUUAUGGAUUGGCGGGACCUGACAAACAAGGGUCAGCCGAGCUCGUCGAAUACGGCGAGUGCAAAUCUCAGCGGAGCGCAACCCUCGAGCGUGAUGAAAACCACCGGUCGUCCACGGCGAAGAUCGCGCGAAGACGCGCGUCCGAGGACACGCGAGAUCAACAGAACCAACAGCGCUGAACAUCGUCGGGAGGAAGCCAGGUCGAUCGACAGGCUGGAACACCAGUUCUGUCGUGAGAAUCACGCGAUCAGCGAGUCCGGUCAUACUGCCACAGUAAUGAAGUCCAGGUCCGCGUCCAGUGUCAACACUUGGAAGGACGACCUCGACGGUGAAGACGAACUAGAUCGAAGCUCGAGUCGCAGAGCGUGUUCCAAGAAUUCCUCUAGUCCCAUCGGCGGCGACGAGAGUCGCGCCAAAGUGAAGCGAUGCACCAAGGUGGUCUCCCCCACAACAAUGGAAAAAUGGAAGGAGAGCAGUAGGUGCGAAAUGCGCAGCAGGUUGAUCGCACCCGAAGAUCUGAAGAGUCCUCUGCAAUUCGAGGAAAGCGUUUUGCGGCGAAACCACGUCACCGAUGAUUCACCGAAAGAUCUCGAGGACAGAUUGCGGAACGCGGGUGGUCCAGACGAUAUUAGCGACGAGGAUCUGCCGGCAUACAUAGGCAGUCUGCUUGUCACCGUCGAGAGAAAAAUUGAAAGGGUCUCGCUCGACGAUAUGACGUUCCCCUGUCCGGCGUGCAGGAAUAUAGACACGGACGAUCCGCUGUUGGGAUGCAGAUGCGCUGGCGACGACUGCGGUUGCGGCGAGGAUAACUGCGACUGUUUUUCCUCUGCGUCCGUUUCGCGAAAGGAACAAUCUGCAAAGAGUUUCGAAGUGGCGGGAAUCAAGCAUAUCGACAGUGACGACGAAGAAGAAGUACGAAUGGGAUUCGGUACCAAAAAGCGAGUCGACGAAGUAGCAUCACCAAGGACUAUCCACGACUUGCCGGAACACGUUCUCACAUGUGGCCUGUCACUUCCCGGAUACUCGGAUAUCGCCGGGAGGCCGGUUAUCGAAUUCGAGGACAAUGUAUCCACGAGGGAAACUCUUUCCGUUAGAGAGACGUCGUCUUUUCUACUCUACCUCGCUCGUCUACCCAGCUCCGACUGCACAAAAGAUGGCUUCACUAUUUUCAUACGCGGCGAUUCUAAAGAGAGUCUGGAGUUCAUAGACGAAGUAGUGGUCCUGUUGCAGGGCAGAGUCAACGUGGCUCAGACUCUCGUGCUUCGAAAUACCGCAACAACGGAUGGCCUGAUUGAAUCUCUCUUACCUCUUACUAACGUCCAGACCGUCAUCGUGAAUGACGCCACUCUCGCAAAGUAUAUUCCCAGACGAGAAGAAAAUCACGACCAGAUGCAAUGGAUCGCUUUUUACAAGGAGUACGACAGCCUCAUGACGGAGUGGCAAUCGGCUGGUCGCAGAUUAGCCCUCGAAAUGUCGGACCUGAAGGAAUGCACAAGCCUGUCUGGCACUUUGACGCCUCUCGGUCGGCUCCUCACGGACCCCACAUUGAGAAGAACGUCUAGAGAUGCCGAAGAGGCCAUCGCCGCGCUCGAGGAACGCGCGGCUCCCCUUCUACACAUUGAGCACGUUAGAUUGUCGGUGAAACGAGCCCGAAGACUGGUGGAGGAGGUGGGUAAGGCUGCCACCAGGCUGGAGUCAUCGUUCGAGUCGCGACGCGCGACUAUCCGCAAUCUCGCGGUUCUACGGAGCAUCGAGGAUCAAGCACACGAGGUACUAUCGUGGCUUUGCAAGAAAGGCGAAGAUAUUCUGUCGAAGCACGCACAACAUACAGCGACGAACUUGACGUCGGCACGUCUUCACGAGCGAGAAUUCGAGAAGUUUUACUUCACGUCGAUGAGACACCUGGACAAGGGAAGCGAUCUUGCCGAGGCGGCGAGCACAAGCGGACUUCGGGAACUCGCGAGAUCUUUGAAGCAGCACCUACGAGGAUUCGGCUCCCGCUUGGAGGAUAGACGGGAAUACCUGGAGGACACAUCGAGAUGUUGUCUCCUGCAGGAUCGCGCCUACGAGUGGGCGCAAGAAGCUCGUCUGGCAAGCGAGAGGAGAUCUCAACAAUUCUUGAUGGCGAGGCCACCUCUACCAUCCGAACAUUUCACCGAGAUGAUGGCCCUGGCGGAGAAGCUCGGUAACGAAGUCCUUCUAGAGCAAUGUCGUAUCGCCCGAAAUAAAUGCGCGGAAGCCCUCGAGGUUGCCAGAACCACAUCCGCUCCGGGAAGUCCUGCGAGGAGAAGAUCCUUCACCGCUUCCGAAUCGACUUCUUGGGACGACACCUUGGCUAAAAGGACGUCUUGGGACGAUAGCGACAGCAGCGCGUCUUAUGCUUGUCCGAUGGAAAGCGUUGGAUCAGGUGGUAGCGGUGGUCGACCGGUGUUGGACAACAUCGCCGAACUUCGAGAGAGUGCCGAGCAGCUUCUAGACUGUUCGCCACCUCGUACACCUCCGCGAAGCCCGGCACCACGAAGGCUGGUCAAGCCACCAGUAAACUCGCACCUUCACAGAUCAGCUAGUAUCGCGCCAGGAAUGAAGGCGAAAAAAACAAUACUGCUCAUAAUGAGGGAGAUGAUACAGACUGAACGAGACUACGUGAAGUCCCUCGAAUAUAUAAUAGAGAACUAUAUUCCGGAACUCGUACGGGAGGACAUCCCACAGGCUCUCAGAGGACAGAGAAACGUAAUCUUUGGGAAUGUUGAGAAGAUAUAUGAGUUUCACAGUCAACACUUUCUACGCGAACUAGAGCAGUGCGAGCAAUCGCCCAUGCUGGUGGGACAAUGCUUCCUCCGACACGAAAAGAAAUUUUAUCUUUACGCCUUGUACAAUAAAAAUAAACCAAAUUCCGACUCGCUAAUGGCAGAAUACGGCACGAGUUUCUUCAAACAGAAACAAUUAGAAUUGGGAGAUAAAAUGGAUUUAGCGAGCUAUUUACUGAAGCCAGUUCAACGAAUGGGAAAAUAUGCCUUGCUGCUUCAGCAGCUGGUCAAAGCCGGCACAGAUUUAUCGGAACAAUUGUCUGGCAAAGAGGAGAAGGAAGAAAAGGAAGAUGGUAUGAAACCGAUGGUCGAAGGUGAAGCGGAUUUGAGGGCUGCCGAGCAGAUGGUGCGAUUUCAGCUUCGACAUGGGAACGAUCUUUUGGCAAUGGAUUCGCUUCGUGAUUGUGACGUAAAUGUAAAAGAACAAGGCAGGCUGCUGCGGCAAAACGAAUUUUUAGUUUGGCAAGGAAAAGGUAAAAAAUGCCUGCGUCAAGUAUUCCUGUUCGAAGAUCUUAUACUCUUCAGUAAGGCAAGAAGAUUUCCCGAUAGGAAGGUAAGAUUUUCCACAUAUGACUGCGUGUACAUUUUAAUGCUAUAUUUUUAUUUUAUUUUAUUACUUAUAUUUUUUCAGAAUCUUGAUAUUUACAUCUACAAACAUAGCAUUAAAACGACAGAUAUUGGCUUAACCGCCGUUAUCGCAGAUUCGCCUACAAAAUUCGAAAUCUGGUUCCGCAAGAGGAAACCAGGAGAUACAUACACGUUACAAUGCGCGAGUGAAGAUAUUAAGAAAGCCUGGUCCGAGGAACUGAGCAACCUUCUGUGGAAGCAGGCGCUUCGAAACAGAGAAGUGCGCCUGGCGGAGAUGUCGAGCAUGGGCAUUGGGAAUAAGCCGUGUUUAGAUAUAAGGCCUAGUGCAGAUCAGAUAAAUGAUCGCUCCAUCAGUGUGGCUCAACUCUCUAAGACACCUAGAUUUAGAAAUUCUAUAGCAGUGUCAAUGACGGAGGAUUCCAGUCGUUGCAGUAGAAGGCCGCACAGCGUAAUUUCCGUCAGUUCGUCCUCGAGCAGCGGUGGAAGCAGCGGUCCUCCUACGACGCUUAAUCUUGGGUUAGAUACGAGUCCACGACCGCAUCAUCGUAGUACUACACUGAACAGCCAAUGUAGCGUAGAAAGUGGAAUUAUCGCCGAUAUCUCAAUCGUGUCGGAUGAUGGAGGUGAUGGCACUGAAAGAAGUCAUUGGAAUUCAACCCUGGAAAGUCCUACGUCGCAUCUACCUACAACUUCCACCCCACUACAGUCACCAACCAGCGCAACAGCGGCAACAGUUACCCCUGCUUCCUCGACGGAUACGAAUCUCACAUCUUACGACCAAGACAUGUCUAUUAAUCUAUGAACUUUGUUCGACACGAGGAAAAAAAACAAGUCUAUCAUUGAUUCACUUGCAAGUUUUUGUUACGAUUACAAAGACGUAAUACAUUAUCGUGGCAUAUUUAGAUAAGUAUAAUGAGGUAACAUCGUCGCACGCGUACUGUAGCACUAGAAUACAUUGUACCCUUGAGCAAAUAUAUAGUUUAAUGACGUAAUGGAAAAAAUAUAAAGUUGCAUGCAAUUCGGUAGGUCGCCGCAUUACGCUUAACACGUGUGCCCAGCUACGAACUUGUAAUCGCAUUACAUAAACGUAGAUUUUUAUCUUAAAGUCGCGGAGAUGUGGUACCGAAUUUUAACAUUUUUAACUUUCAAGUGAAUCCGUCUGUGAAUCUAUCUUUUGAUACGCUUCGAAAUAUCCAGAUUUAUGAGAUUAUAAAGCUAUUACUUAUGAAGCUUACUUAAUAACCGGUUUCUGAAGUAAUGGCAACGUGUAUUUUCUUAUUCCGUCUAUUGAUUUUACCAACGUGCUCAAGACGAGACAAACGUGUUCUAUCAAAUGUACGCUCACAUGUCGAGGUUUGCUACAGUACCAUAAACGAUAUGCACUUGUCGCCAUCCUCAUUUACAUUGGC